UUUGAGGGGUGGGGGAUGCAAAAACAGCUUGAGAACACUUCUCCUAUGUGGCUUAUCCGAUAGACUUGAAACUUUGUACAGUGCUUUAUUGCCAUUUGCAGAUGUGCAUAUUGUCAGGCCAAAGAGCAUUGGGUCCAGAGAGAAGGUUUCGGGUGGGUCUGGAGAGGGGAUUCUGGGGGUUGGACCCUUGUCUUGGACAUCCAUAUAGUUUUUUAAACACUAUAAUGGUAAUUUGUAUGCUGUUAUUUUUUUUAUAUACACGUAUUAAUUUUUAUCGAUUCAUUGAAUAUAAUCUAGUGCAGUUCUGGACCCCUCCCCCUUUUCCAAAUCGCUGGAUCCACCUCUGAAUAAUGUGUUUUGUGGCUUUUUUCAUGUACAAAGGUAUGAUCAAUGUUGAAUCUUUUCUCCAUCUUUUUCCUCAAUGCACAAAGUACAGUUCAUAAUGUCUAUGUUGCUGCUAAUGCUUUUCCCUCCAUACCAUGCAGUACAUAAGGAGAGGGGGUAAUUAACACAAGAGUACUUUCAAUCUUUUGAACUAGAACAAAUUAUAUUUAUUUUUCUAGCUUUUCCCCAUUUGAUUUUUUUUAUUAAGUUCGUUUGUGACAAUGCUAUGAGCAGAGAUCAUAAUUCCUUUUUCACGAAAAAUGUCGUUUCCAACUUUUAAUCUAACCUAGUGCCAUUGUAAAUGAUAUUGUGACGCCUGUUCAUCUACAGGUUAAACCUUAUUUGCGUGUAUCUGCAAUUCCACAGAUACAUAUAGAGAUUUAUAUUCAUGAUUGAGUUACGAUUACAGAACAAACUUAAAUUCAUAUGUCAUAUAAAGGCAAUUCAGCUCGCGAUUAUUGUUUGAUAUGUGACUCAGAACAUUCUUUCACACGUUAGCUUGCCUUGAGGAUGACACUACGUGAAAGGUAUUUUAGGUCAGAGAUGUUUAUUGCACACCUGGGAAAAAAAUAUACAAUUGAAGAGAAAAUGACGUUACUGGGGGAACUGCUUACGAUAUAAAGAAUAAGAAAAUUUCCUGAUAAAAAGGGGGAAAAUUCAGAAUGGAAGGAAAUUGUCGUGACGUUGAUAAAACAGAACGCGGAGUUAAUUCAUUGAAGUCACUUAGUGAGGAAACAAGAGUACGACAGAGGAAGUACAAAUUGAGUUCAUCAAGCACACCGUCCCCUUCCGAGGAAAACAAAGGUUUUUCUAAUGGAUUCUAUCAAAAAAACAUCACAGGCGUUGACCAUCAGGUGACUUCAACAAAAGCUUCAGCCUUUGACAAUUUAGCAUAUGCAUCGCAUGAUGAUGACAGCGUAUUCACACCAAAAUCGGACAUUUAUUUUGAUCCAUCAAGUUUACAAAGGAACCAAAAAGGACCUAAAUCUCGAGUGGAAAGUGCUCGGGACGAAAAUGUGCCAAAGAGCGGAGAAAAGGGGUGUUUAAUUUUAUUGUGUGUGUUAACAGUCAUUGGCUUGUUAGCUGGAAUAGCUGUGAUACUUUAUGUCCAAGUUUUUAAAGAAAAACCUUCCAGUUCACCGAGUCAAUCGUCACCUGUGAUAUUGAUAGGAAGCAUCACUCUACAAGAUGACUGGAAUGAAGAGUUACUAAAUUCGUCAUCACUGCUCUACAAAACGACAGCUUAUAAUAUUUCUACAGAGAUGGACAAAAUUAUGCAAAGUGGCAAUUUGUCACAUAUCUAUUUGGAAACUAAAGUUUUAUCCUUCAGUGAAGGCAGUAUUGUGACAAGACUACACAUAUAUUUUCGGCCCAGCUAUAUUUCAAUUUUCAAAAAUAUUGAAGAGUUGGCUUCAAGUGCAGAACUUCAAGUGAAGGGAGCUGUCCAAAAUCAAUUCACAAAUUUAAAUAUUCUGUCAGUCAACUUAACUGGAGAAAUUCCAACUUCCACUCCUUUACCAUUGUCCACAGUUUCUUUUGCCAUUUCAUCAACAUCCUCAUCUAAAAAGCCAGAAAGUACACUCUUCAGCACAUCAUCAACAGUGUCCACUACAGGAAGUUCAACACCAGUUUCAUCAGUCACUAACGAGAGAGAUUCAACACCUACAACAGUCACAACAGCUGAACCUUCCACAACCACGCCUGAACAUACCACAACCACGCCUGAAGUAACAACCACACCUGAAGUAACCACAACCACACCUGGAGUAACAACCAUGCCUGAACCUACCACAACCACAUCUGAACCUACCACAACCACACCUGAAUCUACCACAACCACAUCUGAACCUACCACAACCACACCUGAAUCUACCACAACCACGCCUAAACCUACCACAACCACACCUGAAUCUACCACAACCACGCCUAAACCUACUACAACCACACCUACCACAUCUGAACCUACCACAACCACACCUGAACCUACUACAACCACACCUGAACCUACCACAACCACACCUAAAUCUACCACAACCACUCCUAAACCUACCACAACCACACCUGAAUCUACCACAACCACGCCUAAACCUACUACAACCACACCUACAACCACACCUGAACCUACCACAACCACACCUGAACCUACUACAACCACACCUGAACCUACCACAACCACACCUGAACUAACGACACCUAAAUCUUCUACAACACCUGAAGUAACAACCACACUUGAGCCAACCACAACACAUCAACUAACAACAACAAAUUCUGAACCGACAACAUCUUCAUCGAUUACUCCAUUGCCAGGAACGUGUUUACCUCUACGGGUGGUGGCAUGUCAGGCCUUAGGCCGAAACAGCACAAAGCUUCCAAAUUUAUUCAACCAAUCAACUAUCCAAGAAACACUGACACUGUUUGAAGUCUUUAAAAUGCAGAGCUGCUCAGACAAUGCAUUGCUGUACAUCUGUGACAUGAUGUUUCCAAGCUGUGAUGGUCCAAGUCUCCCAUGUGGUGACUUCUGUUGGAGUGUUCAGAGAGAGUGUGGAAAUAAUUUCGAGUUGGCCAAGGAGAUGUACUGUAACCUGCUGCCAUCUACUGACUGUAUCAGGCCAGAAGUGACCACUGUAAAUCCUGUCACUACCACUCCGGUCACUAGCACACGUACUCCCACUCCGGUCACUAGCAUCCCCACCAUCACAAGCACUGUCGUGCCCUCUUCAACUAUUGGUUCUUGUCUGCUGUUACAAGUGCCAGAAUGUCAGGCAGUGGGCCACACUUCAGUCAUGUUCCCCAAUGUUUUCCAACAGAAUUCAAUCAGGGAGGCUUUGAGUUUCUUUGAGAUUUAUAAAGAGCAGAGUUGUUCACCCAAUGCAAUGUACUUUCUGUGCAAUAUGCUUUUUCCAAAGUGUAAUUCAUCAACCGGACUGAUUAGUUAUCCCUGUCAGGAGCACUGUAAUGCUACUCACACAUCCUGCCCCACCUUGCCUCUGGCUAACAUAAAUUACUGUGUCCAGCUCCCAAUGGACUACUGUGAACCAAGUUAUCAGGAACCGGCCACUACAACCACACAACCAGAAACCACAACCAGUUAUCAGGAACCAACUACUACAACUCCGCAGCCAGAAACCACAACCCAACCAGGUUCUUGUCUGCUGUUACAAGUGCCAGAAUGUCAGGCAGUGGGCCACACUUCAGUCAUGUUCCCCAAUGUUUUCCAACAGAAUUCAAUCAGGGAGGCUUUGAGUUUCUUUGAGAUUUAUAAAGAGCAGAGUUGUUCACCCAAUGCAAUGUACUUUCUGUGCAAUAUGCUUUUUCCAAAGUGUAAUUCAUCAACCGGAUUGAUUAGUUAUCCCUGUCAGGAGCACUGUAAUGCUACUCACACAUCCUGCCCCACCUUGCCUCUGGCUAACAUAGAUUACUGUGUCCAGCUCCCAAUGGACUACUGUGAACCAAGUUAUCAGGAACCGGCCACUACAACCCCACAGCCAGAAACCACAACCCAACUAGGAUUGUGUUCCAGCUUGUCGAUACCAGAGUGCCAGAAUGUCAAACACACUCAUUUUCUCCUUCCUAAUGUAUUUGGUGAUGCAACUGUGGAUUCUGCUUUGCUGAGAUUUAAUUCUUAUAAAAACCAGAGCUGCACAGAUAAAGCCAUGUUUUACCUCUGUAAUCUGCUGUUUCCCAGCUGUGACGUCAACACUGGUUUUAUCAAGUACCCAUGCUUUAGUCUCUGCAAUGAUGUGCAGGCUGCCUGUCCAGAGUUUAUCCUAGCUAACUCUGCCUACUGCCAGAACUUCCCAUCUACUAACUGUAUAGGACAAGAUAUCAAUUGUCUGACAGUGAAUGCUCCGGAAUGCACUGCUCUAGGACUGAGCUAUACUAACUUGCCCAACACAUUUGGACACUCAGAUCUAACCAUUGCCAAACAAUUUUUUGAUCAAUUCAAUCAGCAAAGCUGUUCACCGAGAGCUGUAUUCUACACAUGCCUGAUGGUUUAUCCGCCGUGUGAGAGUAGUACCGGUGCUAUGAAAUACGCAUGUCAAGAAGACUGUAUAGCUGUGAACAGGGAAUGUGGGAAUGGAACCCAGUUAGCCAAUCCUCAGUACUGUAGCCAGCUUCCUGUCAUCAGCUCCGGCAACUGUUACCAGAUACUGCCAUCUGUCACCACAACAUCUGCCACCACCACAUCUGUCACCACCACUGUAUCUCAAGAUAUCUGUUUACCACUGCCAGUUCCUGAAUGCCAGGCUUUGGGCCACAACACAACUCUGCUGCCCAACAUAUUUGGACACAGGACAGUUGGCGAUGGUGUAGCUGUGUUUGACAGUUUUAAGGCUAAAGCCUGCUCUCAAGAAUCCAUGUAUUACCUAUGUACCUUCCUAUUUCCAGUGUGUGAGGCAGGUGUUGCAAAAAUUCCAUGUGGAGAUUUCUGUCGAAGUGUUCAGGCAGAAUGUGGGGCUGACUUCAAACCUGCGGAGUCCAUAUAUUGUAACCAGCUACCAACCCAGGACUGUGUGGGCUCCUUCCCCGGUGUCAUCACUACCCAGGCCCCCACCACAACUGCUCCACCCAGAAAAAACUGUAGUGAGACGGAAGAAUACACAUGCCUGGAUAAUGGUCGCUGUAUCAUGAAGGAAUGGCUAUGUGAUGGGGAACCAGACUGUUUGGACCAAUCAGAUGAAGCCAACUGUAGUUCAUGUUCAAAUGCUGAGUUUACCUGCCUGGACAGAACCUGUGUUCCUUCACAUGACAGAUGUAAUGGAGUAACAACCUGUCCAGAUCAAUCGGACGAAAGGAAUUGUGUGAGCCUGACCUCACAGUCUAUUCUGGAGCUGUCCUACAAGCACAUGAGACUGCCGCUUUGUUAUGACUCGUGGUCAGACAGUUAUGGACCCAAAAUCUGCAGCAGUCUGGGACUUGGGAAUUUUACCAGUUCCCAGUGGGUGCAGUAUUACACCCACCAGUAUGUACACAUUGACAGUAGUGGACAGGUGCCGUCCUACCUGGGAAACACACGUGCCAGCUCAGAAUGUCAGAACGCUUAUGUGGUGGCUUUGAAGUGUGAACCUAGAGGUUGUGGCCAGAGGCUGGUUGGAUCCUCCCAGGUGGGCUUGAUAAUUGGGGGAGAUGAUGCUGUACCUGGUUACUGGCCCUGGCAGGUGUCUGUACAGCUAAAACUCGGGAGUGAAUCCAGGCAUAUUUGUGGGGGCGCCCUAAUUGCCCCAAACUUUGUGCUCACAGCCACUCAUUGCAUGUCUUACCUUGCUAAGAGAAAUGUACUACUUGGAGCUACAAACAGGGCUGUCGCAGAAGUCACUCAGAAGAAAUACGAAAUAAAAAGGAUCCUCAAGGUCAAAGAGAAUUUUCUGCAGUAUGGACCAGGGGACAUAACUUUGCUUGAGCUUAAUGACACAGUUCUAUAUACGCCAUACAUCCAACCAAUUUGUCUUCCAAAGGAAGGGGAGGAAUUCACCGAUACUUCUAUUUGUUAUGCUUCAGGCUGGGGAUUAAAUUCACCAGGAGAUAAAUCAUAUUCAACAAUGUUAAAGGAGCUGAAAAUGAAGAUGUGGAAUAUCAACAAAUGCAACAGUACAAAUCACUGGAAUGGAAACAUCACUGAUGGCUACAUUUGUGCUGGCUAUGAAUCCAGUCUCAAGUCUGUGUGCACAGGAGAUAGUGGUGGCCCCUUGGUGUGUAAGGAUAAUUCAGGAAUCUGGAAACUUGUAGGCAUCUCUAGUUAUGUUGCUAUCAACUGCAAUGUGUCACACCUGCCUAAUGUUUUCACUGAUGUGCAGCAUUACCUCCCCUGGAUCAAGUCACAGACAGAGUGUAAAUUCCGUUGUGACAAUGGGAAAUGUCUGUAUGACAACAACACUGUGUGUAAUCGACAAAACGACUGUGGAGACAACUCAGAUGAAACCAGACUCUGUGAUAUGUCUGUGAACUGUACCUUUGAUGACAGUUACGUCUGUGGAUACAAUACAUCGGGCUUCAUUUGGAGCUAUGGAUCCAACAAUUCACAAGCACAGUCCAGCUUUCCCUGGACUGACCACACCAUUGGUCACUAUCCAGGACAUUUCAUGGUUGGAAAAUUUAGCGUCAUGACAGAGGCAAUUUUGACAUCUCCGAAAUUUUUGACAAACACUCAGUCAUGUGUGAGAUUCUACUACAACAGACGUGGACAGCUGUAUGACAAUCUGCUGGUCCGAACACUGGAGUACAGCCAAACAGGCACGUCCACCAGCAAGAACCGCUACCUCCUGGACAGUGGGGAGUACCAGGAGGGCUGGAGGUUGGCUUACUUUGAUCUGAGUGCCGGCACAUACCAGCUGGAGUUCUUGGUCACAGACACCCUUAAGACUGCUCUAGAUGAUAUACAGGUCAUACCAGGAUUUUGUAGUGAUAAAGUGUGUGAUGAAGAUUUGUUCCGCUGUGCUGAUGAUAAGGCGGAUCCAGUAUGUUUACCUCAGUCUUCAUUCUGCAAUGUGGUAAAAGAAUGUAACAAAGAUGAAUCCAACUGUCAAGCUAAUAAUGCAAACUACGCUUGUGAUUUUGAAAAUGCGAUGCAGUGUGGGAUAUCACAAGUAACCCACGACAAAGGAGAGUUUUUGAUGAUGAAUGGAUCCUACCUCAGUAAGGCAAUACUGUACCAGGAGGCCUUCAAUGAGCACACAAACAAUGACCCUAAUGGAUGGAUGUUAUUUGCAUUGACCAAUCUUCAUCGUCUGAUCGGGGACAAUGUUCAGAUGACCCAGAAUGUCUUUCUGAAUAACCAGAUGUUUUGCUUAGUGUUCUAUUACCAGGCCAGCACUGACAUGACUUUUAAGGUAAGCCUGGAAUCCAAAGGUUUGGUGCAUGAGUUAUGGAACUUUACUGACAGAGAUACACCUGAUUGGACUAGAGCCCAGAUGCAGCUCCCUCUAGUGGCCAAUGCUGUUCUGACUUACCAACUUGUACGAAUGUUUCCAUCGUCCAACAAGUAUUACAAACCCUACAUCGCUAUUGAUGACAUCAGUAUAAGACCAGGAGAAUGCCCUGUGUAUGUUUGUCCUGUGGGAACACGGAAAUGUGCAACAGAGAACUACUGCUACUUGUCCAGUCAUUACUGCGACCGAAACCUAGAUUGUCCAGAUGAAUCAGAUGAAGCUAAUUGCACAUGCAGAAAUGAUGAAUUUUCCUGUAACAAUGGCCGCUGUAUCCCACAGUCCUCCAUAUGUAAUAACCAGGCAGACUGUCUGGACAAAUCAGAUGAAGGCGCUGUUUGUGCACCCCUUCGUAGCGUGACUUGUACAUUUGAAAACCCAUUUUCUUGUGGCUACACUUCGAAUAUAGGACAAUUCACAUGGCAAAGGCAGAGUGGAAGUACAUCGUCAUUUUACACAGGACCAAUAGCAGAUCACACUUUGGGAGAUACAACAGGACACUAUUUCUAUGCAGAAGGCAAUGCAGGAAUAGCUGGUGAUACUGCAAUUUUAACAUCUCCAAACUUCACCACAGGGGUUGAUCAAAGUUUGGGAUUCUAUUAUCACAUCCUUACCAAGAAUCAAUUUUACAAUAUCCAAUCAGAGGGCCUGUCUGUUGUUGCAUGGUAUUCUAAUGGGCAAAGUGAGCUCCUAUGGUGGCAGAACCAAACGUCAGGCAAUGGUUGGGCCUAUGGCUGUGUGGACUUGCCCAAUAACACUGAAAUGACCAUUCAGUUUAUGGCGAAGAGGAUAGGCUUAGAUCUUAAAAAUAUUUUUGAUGCUGAUGUUGCCAUUGAUGAUAUUACAUUGCUUCUAGUGCCUUGCUCCGGAGAAGUAGCUGUAACUACCCCCAUGACUACUCAGACGACUGCGCCUACAGAAUGUGUCUUCAGAUGUGACAAUGGCUUCUGUAUUGAUGCAAGUCAACGUUGUGAUGGUAUAAAUGAUUGUCGAAAUGGAGAGGAUGAAAACAAACUGUCCACGAUAGUCAUUCAUCUCAAAGGAGGAGGAUGAAAACAACUGUCCACGAUAGUCAUUCAUCUCAAAGGAGGCCCUGUCUGGUGUUGUUAUAUUACACAUCUGUUAUUUUGUUACACAACUGUUGUAAGUAUAAAGUGCAUUGAUGUGAUACAUAUCAUCAUGAUAGUAAUGUGUACAUUUUAUAACAUAUGAUGUUGAAAGUCAUGCAAUAUUUACAGUAGAUUUUGUUUAUAGUGAAUGUGGGUAGAACGAAUACUGCUUAUUAUGAAUGAUGUAACAUUGGUCACCAUGUACUAUUAACUAACCUCAUUUGCAACUACUUCAAUUGCAAUUCUUUGAUUAGAAACCCAUUGAAUAUUGUUAUGCUUCUGAAUAAGACACUAAUCUGUUGGUUGAAAGUGGGUAUGGUCAGAGAAAUAACUGUCAUAUCUCAGGCUGUAAAUCUCAUCAGUAGGGGUCAACACUUAUCUCGGGAUAUCAUAAAAUGAUUUAAUGCUAAUUGAAAAACAUUGCAAGUUUUCAGGUAUGAGUUGGGUUAUAUUACUCCGGUGCAGGCACCCUUGAGAUAUGACCUUGCUUAGAUUUGGCAACUUGUGAUAUCUCCCUCCUAUAAAGUCCCCGGCUGAAGGGAUACUUGUAAGUGAAUCUACAUACACGUGCACUUUUAUGCAUGAUUCACAACAAGAGAUAUAUGCGAGAACUUGGUACCUGUGAAUAUUCUGUCACAAAAGUUAGUUUUACAGUAAACAUAGAAUAAAGAAUUUUACACUGAUAAUACAUUCAACUUCUGUUUACUACUGAUAUUUGUGAAAAUUAGUUAUAAAUUGGGCACAUCCUAAUUCCUGUUGUUGGAACAUUUUCUUCUGUCAGCCUUUAUACAGACAGUGGGGUACUACUAAGUUUGCUACAAGUUCAAUUGAUGGGGGUUUUUUUGUUGGUUUUUUUUGUAAAGGAAUAUAUUGAGGAAAUCCCAAUUUCUGUAGGAGAUGAUUAUGCAAUAAUAAUCAGAAUUGAUGGGGGGGGGGGGGGGGGGGGGGCAACUUAUGCUUUAUUCUUUGGGUUGUUUUCUACCAUCAUGUUCAUGUACUGUAAGAGUGGUUAUUUAUAUUUGAUAUAAUAUAUAUUCGGUUACCGUGUAUCUUUCCCCCACGCGUAAUGUUGGGUGUGGAAAAACGCGUAAUUAAGCUCCUGUGUAAAUCAUCACAUUUACAGUAAGAGUUUUCAAAUCAUAUGUAAAACAAAGUUGUAAAAAACUGUGUGUGAUUCCAAAUGACUUGGGUAUAUAGUUUUUUGAUCAUCAUAUAUUUACUGUGCCAAAUACUAUUUUAUAUAAAGUUUAUGUUAAUUGAUAGAUAUGAUUGAUACUGUUGUGUAUGUUAAGUAAAUCCAUUAUCUAGUGGAAUGAGUGAAUAAAUGCAUUGUGUUUGUGAGGCUUGCCAAUGUGAACAUAUAUGCUACCAUAUUAUGCAUGUAACAUUGCAAUACAUGUAUAUCCCAAACAUAUCACCUACUUGCAAUAUUUUGCUCAAACUUGUGUCAUUAGUUUUCUUUGUGUAAAAUGUACAUGUAUAUUACAAGGGAUCCCUUUUUUUCUCUUAAAAGCCAUGACACUGCUAGUCAUAUUGUUUUAUAGACUACAUGAAAAAAAAUUCAGAGAGAAUAAUAUAUUCAAU